AUGGCACUAUACUUGAGCUACUUGCAGCGGUUUCGAGAGUUUCUCGUGGUGAACGUGCUGAAUGGUGGCUUGGACGACUAUGUGUGGAGCAACGAGCAAGGGGCAUGGAAUACAGAUCGACCGACGAAGGUGCUGAGGCGUGAGACAGGCAAGCGACUGGGCGUAGCGCUGCACACGCUAGGCUACCGUCAUACGGCUGUUGGGAUUGGGCGAGUCAUGGUAGGGGAGUCGUUUGGGAAGGGGUAUCAGGACGAGAUUGGCGAGAUUGACGAGGCAGAGGUGGAUGAGGAUGAGGAGGACUUGAUUGAGCUGCAGAACGCACGAUCGACGGUCAUGGGCGUGGGCAACUACAGCGUCUCGAUUGAUAUUGUCAAGCAUCUCAGCACGCGGUCCAUCGAUGCGUUCCGGGCGCUAAGUACUGCUUGGCACCGCUUUUUGGGCGUAGAUGGACAGGCUGAAACGGCCGAGGAGGGUAGGGUACGGCGGAAAAGGCGGAUGCGAGAGAGUAUCUCAGGGCUGCCGAUAGUCCCGAAAGAGAAGGCCGUUCAGGUGGAAGACGCACGAGCUGCAGCGGUACAGAGGGCACUGCAGCAGGUGCUGGGGAAGCAGGAUGUUGGGUUCCGUUCGAUGGAACAGGAGCAGGCUUUGUACGCGGUGUUGGAUAAGCAGACGCCGCUGGUGGUGGUACUCCCGACAGGAGGGGGCAAGAGCUUGCUGUUUACGCUGCCGGCAUGCAUUGAGGAGAAUGGGGUGACGGUGGUGGUGGUGCCGUACCGAGCGUUGAUUGAGGACUUGGUCAGCCGGAUUGGUAGCUGUGGGGUUGAGUGCAUAGAGUGGAAGCAUGGUGAGAACAAUCCGGCGUCCGUGGUGGUU